UGACAGUUCUCCUACGAUGCCAAUUGUAUGGUAGAGUAGAGGAAAAUUACUUUAAAAUAAAAAUACAUAAAAUAAUAACACAUUCUAUCAUAAAUGUGUGCCAAACUGAAUUUGGACUAAUUCACCUGUGUGAUAACCCUUUCAUAAAGUCAAAAUGUCGUACCGAGAUCCCGGGCCUUUGCCAAAUAGAUGGUUGAAGUGUCCUCGUAAGGCAUCAGGGCUUGUUGCUGGAAAGUUUCUAGCUUUCAAGACUCCUUUAGGACAACAGUUCAAUGACAAAGUUCCAGAGGAGAACCGCUUCACUCCUAACAUGCUGUUUGUGUACAUGAAGAGUUUAAAAGUAAAACUUGGGAUGUGGGUGGACCUCACCAACACAACGAGGUUCUAUGACAAGACAGAAAUAGAGAAUAUGGACUGCAAAUAUGUGAAGAUGUCCUGUCGCGGACACGGAGAGACACCUUCGUUAGAUCAAACUAGACUGUUCAUCCAACUGGUGAGCAAGUUCCUCAGCCAGAACCCGCUGGAGGUGAUCGGAGUCCACUGCACACAUGGUUUCAACAGAACUGGCUUUCUGCUCGUCUCCUACAUGGUUGAGCAGCUGGACUGCAGCGUAGAGGCUGCGAUUAUAGAGUUCGCUAAAAUGAGGCCUCCAGGUAUUUACAAGCAAGACUACCUACAGGAGCUGUACAGACGCUACGACGACGUAGAAUACACGCCCGCCGCGCCGCUCAGGCCCGAUUGGUGCGAUGAGGAAGAAGGUGAGGACUAUGACGACAGUACGCCGAGUAACUCGCAGUCUACUUCAUCGCAAAACGCAUCAGGGCCAAAACCCAAGAAAGGCCGCAAAGAAACCACCAUGAAGAAGACCACAUUCAUGCCGGGCGUCCGCGGCGUCGAACCCUUCAACAUCCAGCCACGCCUCCUCGAGAUCCAGCAGAAAGCCCAGGAGUUCUGCGAGUGGGACAGUACUGGCUUCCCGGGGUCCCAGCCGGUGUCUAUGGAUGUGAUGAAUCUUAGGAAACUACAUGAGAAGCCGUAUAGAGUGUCUUGGAAGGCUGAUGGAGUCAGGUACAUGAUGUUAAUCGACGGAGAAGGAGAGGUGUACAUGUUAGACAGGGACAACUGCGUUUUCAAGGUGUUCGGGCUGCGUUUUGUGCAUAGGAAAGAUCUGAGACAGCAUCUUAGGGAUACUUUACUAGAUGGCGAGAUGGUGAUAGACAAAGUAGACGGCAAGGAGAUACCGCGUUACCUGUGCUACGAUAUCAUCCGGUUUGAGAAUCAGGACAUAUCCAAAAAGGCCUUCUUUCCUUCCAGGAUGGACUACAUAGAACAUGAAAUUAUUAAUCCUAGGUUAAAAGCAAUGGAGAAGAAGAUGAUACACCGGGAGCGCGAGCCCUUCAGCGUACGCCUGAAGCAGUUCUACGAAGUUAGAAUGGCGCACCAGCUACUGGGAGAGAAAUUCGCCAAAGCACUGUCUCAUGAACCUGAUGGACUCAUAUUCCAGCCUUCUAAGGAGCCUUACGUGCCCGGGCCCUGUGAAGACGUGUUGAAAUGGAAGCCGAGCCACAUGAACAGCGUCGACUUUAGGCUCAAGAUCGUCACGGAAGGCGGCCAAGGUAUACUCCCUAAAAAGAUCGGCCAACUGUUCGUUGGGCAGCUGGAACCUCCGUUCGCCACGAUGAAAGUUACCAAGGACAUCAAACACCUCAACAACAAGAUCAUUGAGUGCACCUACGAGAACAACCGAUGGGUCUUCAUGAGGGAGAGGACUGACAAGUCCUACCCUAACAGCUAUAAUACUGCUAAAUCGGUAUGCGAAAGUAUACGAGACCCCGUGACCAAGGAGCGGCUGCUCGACUUCAUAGACAACCACCGGUUCAUAGACGACUCGGACCUCAUGCCCAUGCCUAAAAUGGUGCGCCGAUAGUAUCAAGCUAGAUACUGCAGCAUAGUACAUUUUCAACGGACCGGGCGUUUUAGAUCAAUUUCAUAUUGGACAGCUAAAGAUACUCGAGGGUUUACUGGUGAAACCCGAUAAAUUGAGCACACUGGUUUUUGAAAGUCGAACUAUGUGCAAAUUCCACAAUGUUCUUAUUUAAAAAAAAUGAUUUAUCGGCUUUCACCAGUAAACCCUCGUAUGGGAUCUCGAUUUAUCGGGUUUACCUACUGGUGAAACCCGAUAAAUCGAGAUAAUUUG